GCCAUCCUAUCCUCACAACAACCCUGUGAGGUAGACUGAGUGUGUGACUGGCUCAAGGCCACCCAGCAAGUUCCCAUAAAAGAGCAGAGAUUUGUACCUGGCUGCCCCAGAUCCUAGUCCAACUGUUACAUUACACCUGCUCUCAUUUAAUAUCACGCCUAGUUAUUUUCCUUUCCAGAGUAUGCACAGAAAUUAAUUUACAGCUGAAAUUUAUGUCCAUAUCUACCAAAGUUCUAAUGAUUUCAUUACUUCAGUGUUUAUAAUUGUAUAAAUUGCAAUCCACUUUAUCUGUAAAAUUUACAAUUAUAACAAACGAUUAUUUCAGCCAACAAAAUGAGUUAACUUUGCAUUAUGCAAAACAUUUUAUUUUAAAUUCUUAGCUCCGGCCAACUCAAUCAAAAUUUUACAAAGUCAAAGCCAUGUUGUCGUGUCAUACAGUUAAAAAUGCAGUCACCAUAAAACACACUUUCACCACCCAACUAUCUUUCUUCUAUAAAUUAAAUGUAGAAGUGUCUACUUAAAAGUUCAAUCUGUAAGUAUCCCAAUGCAAAUUACUUUUCUAAAAAUGCCAUGUAGUAUAGGCCACUAAGCCUCAACAGUUACCCACUUCACAUUCCUUUUUUUAACCUCAAAAUAAAGUGAACCAGACUUUUGUUUUGGCCAUGUCGUGGCAAUUCCUUUCCUCCUGCAUGAGAUGAGAGGGCUUAGGGAAAGCAAGGGCCGAGGGUCUGAAGACUCAGCUCUCGGUUCCUCUCACAGCACAUCUCAACGGAAGCUGUCCUACAGUACCGCAAGCGGCCAGGCCCUCGCUCGGUUCUCCCCGCCACCGUCGCGAACGACGCGCCUGCGAGAGCUCAGCUCAGCCCAGCCGGUGCGGCCUGCGAGCUGCUGGCUAGAGGCGCCGCGCGCCCAGGCGGGGCGGGCGGGAGGCGGUGGGGGAGGGGAGGCUCCUGCUGCUGUUGCCGCCACAGCGCUCGUCGCCGCCUCCCCUCCCCCUCCUCUCCUGCCUCUCCCCGGCGGGGGCUCCUCGCUGCAGCCUCUCUGCUCCGCUCUCGGUCAUGUGACCCUAACGUAACCGGACAGGAAAAGCCGCCGCCGCCGCGCUGACUCCGUUGUUGCUGCUACUGCAGGGCGCGCGGAGACGGCGGGGGCACCGAGAGCGCGAGCUAGCUGAGCGCGGCCUGCCCCCCCAGAAUCCUCGAGCCCACCUUUCUCCCCAUGGGGGACCCAGAGUAGCUUGUAUUAUUCUCUCCUACGUUAUUUCUCAACAACCCUGUGAGGUAGGUUAGGCUGAAAGCAUGUGUGGCUGACCCAAGGUCACCUAGCGAGCUUCCAUGGAACAGUGGGGAAUUGCACGUGGGUUUCCCAAAUCCUAGUCCAGCACGCUAACCACUACACAUCACUGGCUCCUACGACUCAACUUGUAUUUGAUGCAGAGCCGAAAAGGUUUUACUCAUCAUGACUGGAAAGCAAAGGAUUUUAAAAGAUGGAUUUGGCAAACCACGGGCUUAUUCUUCUGCAGCAGCUCAACGCUCAGAGAGAGUUUGGUUUCCUGUGUGACUGCACAGUUGCUAUUGGUGAUGUCUACUUCAAGGCACACAAGUCUGUCCUUGCUUCUUUUUCAAACUAUUUCAAGAUGCUGUUUGUUCAUCAGAGCAGUGAAUGUGUUCGUUUGAAGGCAACUGACAUACAGCCAGAUAUUUUCAGCUAUCUCUUGCAUUUGAUGUACACUGGGAAGAUGGCACCUCAGCUCAUAGAUCCUGUUCGAUUAGAGCAAGGAAUAAAGUUUCUGCAUGCAUAUCCAUUGAUUCAAGAGGCUAGCCUUGCCAGCCAAGGAAACUUUGCACAUCCCGAGCAAGUUUUUCCAUUAGCAUCUUCAUUAUAUGGCAUUCAGAUAGCAGAUCAUCAGACACGAAAUCCCACAAAAGCAACGUCAGCAGCUGACAAACCCGUGCGAGAACCAAGGCCGCAGCCAUCCAGAUUAAACCAAGAACAAGUGCAUGAAGGCUCUCAGUUGUCACAGUUACCACCACCAACUCUGCCACAAGUAUCCCAGACGAAUGUGGCUACUACUGACCCUCUGCAGUCUUCACUCUCUCCAGAAUUGGUUCCAGCUGCUCCUCAUUCUUCACCACCAGGAGAUGAAACCAACAUGGAGGCUUCUUCUUCAGAUGAUCAGCCUGCUUCUCUCACAAUAGCACAUGUCAAACCAAGCAUUAUGAAAAAGAAUGGGAGUUUUCCCAAAUACUAUGCUUGCCACCUCUGUGGCCGACGAUUCAAUUUGCGCAGUAGCUUGCGCGAGCACCUCCAGAUUCACACAGGAGUGCCGUUCUCAUCAGGCCAACAUGGAGAAAGUAAUGUUCCCCUGUCUCUUUGUAACAAUGCUCCUGAAAAAGAUGCUAUGGAAGUACCCGAAGCUGGAAUGAUUAGUGAUAGUGAGCUGCAGCAAAUCUCAGAUUCACCAAUAAUUGAUGGACAGCAGCAAGCAGAAACACCACCACCCUCUGACAUUGCCGACAUAGACAACUUGGAGCAGGCAGAUCAAGAAAGGGAAGUUAAAAGGCGCAAGUAUGAAUGUUCCAUUUGUGGACGCAAAUUCAUUCAGAAAAGCCACUGGAGAGAGCACAUGUACAUACAUACUGGCAAGCCUUUCAAAUGUAGUACCUGUGACAAAAGCUUCUGCCGGGCCAAUCAAGCUGCUAGGCAUGUGUGUCUAAACCAAAGCAUGGACACAUACACCAUGGUGGACAAGCAGACUCUGGAGCUUUGUACUUUUGAGGAAGGCAACCAAAUGGACAACAUGUUGGUACAGACCAACAAACCAUAUAAAUGCAACUUGUGUGAUAAAACAUUCUCCACUCCCAAUGAGGUUGUCAAGCAUUCAUGCCAAAGUCAAAACUCUGUCUUUGCUCUAGAAGAAGAUAGAUCCAUUCUGUUAGGAGGUGGUGAUGCUGAAACCACAGAGAGUGAGCACUCUGUCUUAGACUCUAUCAAAAAGGAACAGGAAGCAGUAUUGUUAGACUGACUGAAACUUGCAUUGUUUUUUAAAAUAUAUUUGUUUUACUCAUUUUUACUAAAAUCAUCCUUUCCCCCUCCCCCAACCAAAAUUACACUGACAUGGAAAGAAGUCUGACUUUCCCAGCAAAAAGUAUAAAAUUAAUAAAGGGUGUUGUAUGAAAUCAUAACAGUUGAUUUUACUGCAGAGGAAAGUGUCUAAUGGUAAUUCAGCUAACUAUGUGAAUAUUGCUAGAAAAUGUAUCUGUAACAAGUUCUAAGCAAUUUUAGGCUAUUUAAAUGUAUGCUUAAAUGCAGUGGGAUGCAAGAUGUGAAGGAGAUUGAAAAGAAACAAAAUAUAUUUAAGUACAAUUAUUUUCGCUCCUUAACUAGUUGCCUUUUAUAGGAAGAGUAGCUGAAGAUCCAGAAUUCUUAUAGUUCUACACAUAUAAACUGUACAGUUGUCACUUUACAAAACCUCAGAAAUUCCCAUAAUGAACCAAGAAAAUUGCUUUAGUGCACAGGGGUGGGUGUUUGCUUCCAGAUAACGUCAUUGACAUUAAGUUGAUUUAAAAAGCUUAUUAUUAAGGUGAUUCCAAGCAUACUAACUUGGAAAUAAAUCCCACUGAGAGCAAUGGAACUUCCAUUUACAAGUAAAUGUGUUUAGGAUCAGAUUUUUACUGAAAUUGCAGUAAUAAUGUGAUGGCAAUCAUUUUAUAUUCAUAAAAGUGUGUAUGUAUAUGUGUAUAUACUUCAUGUAUAUGCAGGUAAAUGUAUGCAUGCACAUUCCCAAACAAACUCUUCUGAAGAAUAAUUGAACAACUUUUAAUGUCUGAUAAAUUGGUUCUUUUUACAGGUAUUGUUUAAAUUUGUCCAGAGUGUAUGCAUUUUUUAUCUUGCAGAAUGGAAACUGAUGAUGAUACAGUUGCUGAAUGUUGUCACCCAAAGACUUAGAGGAAAGCAGAGAUUGUACAUAGUGAGCCCUGUGCUAACUCAAAAUGUGUGGGUGUGAAGGUUCUGAGCCUUUCAAGGAUCAGAGGAAGUAGUAAAAACAUUUUGGCUAAUUCAUCAAAUAUUAAUCUUGAGUAAUCUGAGUUUACUUGAUUAACCUGUAGGAGUUAAGGAAUCUGGUCUUUUGUUAAGCUACUAACAUCCUAUUUGUAACACCGUAGAAUGGAAGAAGAAUGAUGAAAACACAUCAUGGUUGGUUUUCAAGUAACAGCAGCAUUAAGUGGGAACCUGUGUGUUCUUUAUGUUGCAUUCCCAUAUGCUUCUGUCAGGGAAGGUAUGCAAAAAAAAUAAAGGGAGCACACCAAACACUGUUUUUUGCUCAGGACAGUAUUGUCUGCAAAUUUAAAAUCAAGUUGCUGAUUUUUAACUUUUUUUUAAUGUAUUAAGUAUCUGAAUAUACUCCAGUAGUAUAAAAAAAGUCUAAGUCAACAGGAGUGACUAUUGAACAGUUACUGUACUGGCAGCAAGGUUUCAGUUAGCAAAAGUAUCCCAACAGAAAUGGAGCCAGUGUGUGUUUUGAUUGUGGGAGGGAGGGGAAAGGCAGAUAUAGGUCUGCUCUUGUAUACACAUUUUAUUUGAAUAUCAUCCUAUUUUGUGUCUAGUUAUGUUCUCCAGUUUGUAA